GUGACAUUUUGUAUUCAAGUUACCUGCACAGUUGUAAUUGGGGAAGAUGUAAAGCAGGUUAGGUGACCUUUUUACUGGAGGCCAAUAUGAACGACCUAGUAGAGUAGUGUUUUGCAGACAACCCACAAAGAAUAAAGGCGAUAAGAAAGUGUUUUGUUUGUCUCUUUCAAACAUCAAAAAAGAUGGUCACGUAUAUAAGAGUGGAAGAAGUUGUACAGGCCUGCUUUUCUUUUAUCAUGCUUGAGGCUGGUAAUCAGUACCAUAAAUAUUCAUGGGGAAGACUUGACAGCUGACUCGUAUCUAUGGCAUGGCAAGAUCAGACUUCCAAUAGAUGCAUUCUGAUUAUGGGAGAAAGUAAGAGGAGGUUAACUGUAGAUCAGGUGAGAAUACUUGAGAUGAACUUUGAUGAAGAGGAAGGCAAGCUUGAACAAGAGAAGAAGAUGCACUUGGCAAGAGUAUUGGGGCUAGAGCCAAGGCAAAUUGCUGUGUGGUUUCAGAACAGGAGAGUGAGGUCUAAGAACAAACAGCUGGAGAGAAAUUUUGUUGUUCUAAAGCAAGACUAUGAAAUUCUCAAAACAGACUAUGAUAAUCUUAUUCAAGAGAACAAGAAGCUCAAGUCUGAGGUUCACAGCCUGAGCUGCAGUAUGGGAGCCAGCACUAGUAUUGAGAACAUUAAGGCUGAUUCAACUUCAACAAAUAUAGUGAAAGAAGAGAUUGGAGAACCCAGUAAAGUGAAAGAGGUUGUGCUUCAGGAAGAUGAUCAAAGCCAUGACUGCAGUCAAUUUUAUAUGGAGAGUACUACUAGUGAUGAUAGUCUUUGGGGCACUGAUUACUGGAAAUCCCAAGACAUUUGGAAGGACUGAAGUCCCAGCUGUCAGUAUGCCUACAGUACAUGAGUGAAAAUAAAGUAAUGUAAUCAGGAAAAUUAAUAUGUAUAUAGACAAAUGCACUUACCAAGCAUUUUAUAUUAUUAAGUAAGAACUAUCCUCUGAUUAAGGAUCCUUUCUUACAAACAUUUGACUUGUGAGAAUCCAUAUGAUGGAUGAUGCUAUAUUUAUGGACAGAGGUUUCUUUA